CUUACUAUACUAUUCGGUUCUCCUAAAAAUCAUAUCGAUGGAGAUGCCAGUGCCUUCUCACAAUUCAUUUCUUCAUUGUGGUCGCCGCUCGUAGAAAUACGAGUUUAGGAAGCCGUAAUGUUGCGCCUUCAACUUCGUCUCGUUGCUCUACUAGUUAGCACAGCUUUCGCACUUACAACAGGCAACCAGAAUCAUCGUAGAAAUAUCUUGACUAACACCCCCCAACAGCGCCGCGAUGACACGGACCCCACCCAACCCGUCGGCACGAACCCGAUCACGGAAUCCUCAUUCUCAACCACGUAUCUCGGACAACAAGUCGCGAACAACAGCUGCAGCCACCGGGAUCUAGGAUUCACAGGCGAACUCGGCGGGAAAUGGUACGCGGUGUACGGUGACACUCUAUGGUGCGCCGCCGGAGUUACCGAUCCAGUGAAGGAUACCGAUGGUUUUCAUGGUAUGGUGCGGGACUCGGUUUCGUUAAUGACGGAUGAUCCGUUGACGGUGGUGGAUUUACAUCUUAAUGGGGAUACGCCGGUAGGGCAUCAGUUGCAGUUUGUCCCGUACAAUGAGGCUUGGGGCGAGACGAAUAUGUAUGGAUUCGGGGGGACUAGUUUGGUGGAGACUGGGGAUGGGGUUGGGGCUUUGUUUUAUCUUGUCAACGCCAACGAUGAUGGCCUCAAAGGAGCUGGUGUAGCGAAAGUAGAGCUUGUAAACGGCGAGCCGACGGUAACCCAAAGAUUCGGGGACACUGGGUACUGGUGGUCAGCCUCCGAUACACCGCAUUACGGCGACAAAAUCGCAUUCCGGGAUCCUAAGUCGGAGUAUGUGUACGCGUGGGGCGGGGCGCCGACGUCUGUUACGGAUUCCGUGCAAGCGCAGUAUGUGUAUCUGACCCGGGUCAAGGCAUCUAAUGCGUUUGAUUUGAGUCAGUAUGAGUACUGGUGGGGCGAAGCUAAUGGAGGUUGGAAGACGGGACAACCGUUGACGCAGUUCGAGGCGCAGACCGCGGUUAUGUGGAGUACAGGGCAAGGGCAGAUUGUCUGGAGCGAAUUUUGGGGGUGUUAUGUUUUCGUGCAUUUGAGUCCCGUUGGUGCCGAUGUCCUGCUCCGGACCGCGACGGCUCUCGAAGGCCCCUGGACGCCGGAUGUUAAGGUCUAUACUGCGACGCCAAUUGAUGGUGGUUUGGUAUAUGCCGGUGUUGCGCAUCCGUAUCUUGAUGCAAGUGGGCAGACAUUGACCAUCUCGUACACGAACAAUAACCAUAUCGAAGUCAUCAAGGUUACCUUUUCUAAGUAG